AUGUUGUUUGCACUUAUUCCAAUACUGUUCAUGAGAAUACAUUCGAUUUAUUCGAAUAUUCGUACUAUUGAUGAUUGUCAAUUGUUAAUUGUUGGUGGUACAACAUCAGCACUCGGCGCUGCACUAUCGGCUUCAAAAAUUUUAAAUACACGUACAUGUUUACUUGAACCAACAGAUUGGGUUGGCGGGCAAUUAACAGCUGAACUUCUUAGUGCGCCCGAUUUUGCCUAUCACACAAUUAAAGAUAAGGAUACCAAUUUUACUCUCGAUGUUGGUGCUAUUGAUGGACAAUUAGAUAAUCAAAAUCUACUCUUUGCACAUAUGCUUAAUGUUCUUGGAGAUACUGGUCGUUGUUGGGUAUCACCAAAAUGUUCUAUUCCUCAACUAUUUCAUUCGCAAGUAGUAUUACCAGUAAUAAGCAACGUCCGUAUAUUUUAUAAUACUGUAAUAAAACGUGUUGCUAAAGAUGUAACUGGUCGUCGUAUAAUUCAAGUAGAUGCAAUACAACGUACUACGAAUUUAACAUCUCCACACUGUCGAUUUUUAUCUGAAGAGCUAUCUGAUUGGUACUCGUCAGAUGAUACUGCAUGGUUUAAUAAAACUCAACUAUCAUUUAGAAAUGUUUCAUUUGUCAUUGAAGGUACCUCGUGGGGUGAAGUAUUAGUAUUAUCAAAUGCAAGUUAUAUACAAGGCUUAAUGGAACAGUUCGAUGGUGAUACAUCUGGUGUCGGAAAUUCAACAUGUGGUCAAUCAUUUACAUUCGAUUUUCUUGAACAACUACGAGAGACACCUGUCGAUGAGUUACCAAAUCCAUUGCCAGAACCAACUGGAGGAGCAAAUUAUUCGUUUGAAUCUCUCACAUGGGAACGUAUAUGGACAUAUCGAAGAGUAAAUACAUCUGCGCCAGAUUCGAACACAAUUGCGGUUCAUGAUUUAACAAUACAGAAUUGGGCAGGAGGGAAUGAUUAUCGAAAUCAAUAUUUUUUUCUAUCCCCUUCUGAUACACGACAUCAACGUGAUAUAGAUCAAUGGCAAGGUGGACUGAAUUUAGAUGCAAUCAAAAAUGCAGAACGACUAGCUUACGGUUAUCAUUAUUGGUAUCGAAAAAAUGCACCAACACAAUGGACAAAUCGAACAGUUCUCAUACGAUCGGUUUCAGCAGCUGGUACUUGUCAUGGUCUAGCAAAAAUGCCUUAUUUACGAGAAUCACGUCGAUCAAUCGGUUAUCAAAAUUUUCUAAUGAAUAUUACAACUAUUAGUGGUCAUGCACGUGAUUUACAUGGAUAUAUUUUUGACGAUCGCUUGUGCGUUGGUGCUUAUAAUGUUGAUAUUCAUUCGAUGGGUCAAUGUACUUAUCCAUCUUAUAUGCACGAAAAUUACCCAAUACUUCCCUACUAUAUACCACUACGAGCAAUGACCAAUCGAGAUGUUGAUAAUCUGAUUGUAAUUGGUAAAACCAUGGCACAAACAUUUCUAGUUAAUUCAGCAACACGUUUACAUCCAGUAGAAUUUUCAAUAGGACAAGCAGCAGGUGUAGUCGGUACAUAUGCAGUUCAAAAUAGCUUACAAAGUGUAGCUGAAAUGCUCGAAGAACAACAUAUAAAACGUGUGCAAACAAUUGUGAAACAGUUUACGCCAACAUCAUGGACAAUCAAUGGAACGCGAUAUCCAGAUGAUUAA